AUGAAAAGAAAUCGACGUAAAUUAAAUGAUCAUACCUCCGUAAUAAACUCCAUUGUUAACAGAGUUUGUGAUACUAACGAUACGUGCUCAACAGAAGAAAAUGAUGGUAAUGAAUAUAUGAAACAAAGAACUAAACGAAAAUAUAAACGCCAAUAUUUUUCAAGAAGAAAAUUAAAUAAUGCUAUUCUGACAAUACCAGCUAGAAUUUCUCGAAUGAAAAUUGAAAAUGUAAUAUAUCGUAAUGCAGUUCCAAUGUCCACGAAUCGUACUCCAACUGUCGAAAGAUUGUUAACACCAUGCAUCAGUUUUCAUCAAAAAGAACAGUCUUCAUUCUCGUCACCAACGUUAUCAUCAACCGAAUCACUUUUACUCUAUUCUAUUAUGAGUUUAAAUAAACAACCGUCUGAAGUCGAUUCUUUAACACCAUUAACAAACAUCGACUGUAUCAGUAAUACACAACAGACAAACGCAUUAACAUUGGUCAGCGAUAUGGAAACAUGGAGAACAAAUUAUAACUCUGUACAACAACAACAACAAUCAGUCAUACCCAUUAUACCAGCAGACGAUUUGACAUCGAUAAGUAUUUCAGAUACGUUACACAGUUUCACACUCAACAGUGGUGAGUUUCUAUUAUCUCAUGAGAAAAUAAAUACAUCUGCGUCGUCCACAGCGAAAAUUUUACAGAAAAAAAGUGAACAAAAAUCUAGUAAAAACAAACAAACAAUAUCGACUCUAAAACAUCUAAACAAACGAAAACGCGACAUUUUAUCUCUGCCCACUUUGAAACCUGUUCAAUAUAAAACAUCAAGUGUUUCACAUCUAUCUACAACAUGUGUAUGUUCAACAAACGAUAAACAGCAAGCACUUGAAUCUAUUACCGGUAUGCGUUCAGUCGUAUUUUCUGCACUACCAGAUAAUGAAGACAAUCAUCCACAAAAACAGCAGCAACAAGAAAACUCAUACGACCAUUUUUCUAUCAAUGUGGAAGAUUAUCGUUUAGUAGAAGGGACAUCAAAACAUCUCAAUUCAAAACCAUAUAGUUCUAUGAUGGAUAAAAAUGACACGACUCCAGUUCAUGUUAGACAAACAGAUUUAUCUAGAUCUGUCGAUUUAACAAAUAUUUCUUCAACAUUCAAAGUAUUCAUAAGUGUUGUUACUAUUUUAUUGAUUGGAUGUGUAUUCAUCAUUGUGUGGCUUGUGUAA